AUGGCCGCGGGACUGGUCCACCCGCGGCCCAGUGCCCCCCUCAUCCCUAGGAUCCCCACCCGCCCAUCCCCAUCCCAUUGCCGCCCGGUGACCUCCGGCCGGCGCCUCCGAUCGGGUGUGGCGCUCGUCGCGCGGCCACACCGGCACGCCGAGUCCUCGCGCGACGGUGGCGAGGCCGAUUCGGCCUCCGCUGGGCCGCCAUCGGACACCGUCGUCGAUUCGUCGGCGGCGAUUGACGGCAUCGACGAGGGUGCCGAUUCUGGACGAACCGGGGAGGCCAGUUCGUCCGGAGACGAACUGGUGGGCAUCGAAGGAGCCCAGGUGACGAACGGGGGCCCUCUGGCGGCUGAAUCAUCGGUGGGGGAGAGCGGGGAGACAACGUCCACGGUCCCUGUGGCCCCGGUGGGUGAUGACGCGCAAAGGGGGGAAAAAAUUCCCAGGAGGGAGCCGCAGGGCGGGCGGCAGCCGCCCAGGAGGAUUUCAUCUGUGGCCCAGUCGUCGGGGUCGGUCUACGGCCCGGAGGUGGACACGGGUUUCAGCUGGGAGGAGUUCAUGAAGAGCGGGCUGCCGAAGAAGCUGGGCGUGCUCCUGGCGCUCAUCGCGUUCACGCGGCUGGGGGUGUACAUCCGCCUGCCGGGCGUGGACGUGGACGCGUUCUCGGAGACGAUGAAGUCGUCGGGCCUGCUGGGGUACGUGGACGCACUGUCGGGGGGGUCCAUCUCGAAGGUCGGCCUGUUCUCACUGGGUAUCAUUCCAUACAUUAAUGCAUCCAUCCUCCUCCAAAUCCUCUCUGCUGUCUUUCCUGGCCUCAAGAAGCUACAGCGUGAAGAGGGCCCUCAGGGCAGGGCAAGGUUCCAGUACAUACAGAAGAUAGUGGCACUCGCCUUUGCAGUCGUUCAGGCAGUUGGGCAGCUGACGUACAUCCGGCCCUUCGUCUCUGACUGGAGUCUUGGCUGGUUGGCUGUGGGAACGCUGGAGCUCACAGCCGGGGCUGCGGUCCUCAUAUAUAUUUCUGAGGUCAUUGGGGAACUGCAACUUGGGAAUGGCACGUCCCUCCUCAUCUUUGCCAACAUUGCUUCUGCCCUCCCCUCGUCCCUUGGGGCCACACUUCAGCAGGCUACUAAGAGUGACGUGGCUAACCUGGGUGUCUUUGGUGCUGCCUUCUUCCUGACAACUCUGGGGAUCGUCUAUGUACAAGAGGCAGAGCGUAGAAUCCCAAUGAACUACGCGUCCAGGUACCGUGGUGCCCUGCAAGGCUCAUCAUACCUGCCUUUCAAGGUGAACGCAACUGGGGUGAUGCCUGUCAUCUUUGCCUCAUCGAUUCUUGCCCUUCCAUCGACCCUGGCAAGGAACACAGACAACCCAAUCGUGCAGGGCGCUGCUCAGCAAUUGUACCCAGGGGGUCAGCUGUAUCUUCCGGUCAGCGUUGCAUUGAUUGCCUUCUUUAAUUGGUACUACACUUUCAUACAACUGGAUCCCAAGGAUGUGAGCGAACAGCUCAAGAAGCAGGGGGCGUCGAUUCCGGACGUGAGGCCCGGCAACGCCACAACAGAGUACAUAACAAAGACCCUUAACCGGAUGUCCGUGUUGGGCUCCGCGUUCCUUGGGGCCCUGGCCGCUGCGCCAGCCGCCGUCGAGGCCCUCACGCACCUGACGGCCUUCCGAGGAUUUGCUGGGACCUCGGUCCUCAUCCUGGUGGGCGUGGCCACAGACACCGCGCGAAGGGUAUCUGCCGAGCAGGCCAUGGGGAAGUACAAGGACAUAGACCAGCUGUACAAGGACAUGGCACCGUAG